UUUCUUAUAUUCUAACCUGCCGCUGUUUACACAUCAUUUUCACAAUUUUCAAUACCAAUAAUCUCUUUUAUAAAUUAACCAUUUUCUCCUAUACUCCCCUCACUCUCUCAACCUUCAUUUCCUUAAACAAAUCAAAACCUUAAACCUUAAUCCUUAAUCCAUCAUGUAUUCAUCGUACCGUUCUUCUGUUGCAACACUAAAGCCUUGUUACAUAGAACAAGACAACGGUUUAGCUUCCUUAAAAAACAUGGAUGUUUCUAGUCACCUUGCUAACAGUUUCGUUACGAAAUCAAUGACUAUGAUAACCAUGGGUUAUUCUUAUUCCAACAAAACUAGUUUCAGGAAUAUGAAUGUUUCUUCAUCUAGAUCUGGUGGAAGAUUCUAUGAUACUAGAUUUGAAGAUCAACAACCACACUUUCUUGAAGCUUGUUCUCUUUGUAACAAACCACUUGGUCACAAUAAAGACAUCUUCAUGUAUAGGGGUGAUACACCUUUUUGUAGCGAAGAGUGUAGACAAGAACAAAUAGAGAUAGAUGAAAUGAAGGAGAAGAAUAUGAAUCUUGCUUCAUCUAUGAAGGCUUUGAAGAAUAAGGAGCAAAGAAAAUCGAAUUCUUCAAAGGUUCAAGGCCAAGAUUAUUCGUUUCGUACAGGGACAGUUAUUGCAGCAUAGUUGGUGGUUGUAAAAGGAAGAAAAAUAUCUGAAAUAAUUAAAGUUAUGUCAAAAACAGAAGAAGAAAAGUUUAAAUUUUUUUAACUUUUUCUUUGCAUGAACAAGAGUCAAGAGAGAAGGGACUGUAAAUGGUUUGUGUUUGGAAAAGUGUGUUUGCUUGUUUUGGAAGAUUCCUUCAAUGAAGUGGCUCGGUUUUUGGGUUUGCCUUGUUUUUUUAGAUUAAGGUUUUGAUUUUGGUUCUUUUGUAGAUUCUGGUCUCUUGUGGUUUGUAUACGGUGGUUUUUUUCAAAGAUGAAACUGAAUACAAUGGAAGAUUUCUGUCAA